CUUGUGCCUGUUUGUUUAAAAAAACAACAGCAACCAACCAUGCCCCAAAGCAAAGCACAGCCUUAGCUCCGCCAUGAGAGAUCCCAAGCCGAGGAGAAGCCAAGCAGCUCCCAGCCUCGCCGCCAAGCUGAGGAAACACUCCACGUGCCUCCUCCUCCUCCUCUGGUUCGCCCUCUCCCUCUACCUCUUCCUCUCCGCCACGCCGCCCGCCGCCGCGCCGCUCCGCCACUCCGCCUUCCUCCGCCCCAAGCCCCGCGCCCUCGCCGCCACCAACGCCGCGCCCUCCGUCCGGAUCUACGUCUACGACCUCCCCGCCCGCUUCAACCGCGACUGGGUGGCCGCCGACGCGCGGUGCGCGCGCCACCUCUUCGCGGCGGAGGUGGCGGUGCACGAGGCGCUGCUGGGCUUCGCCGGCCGCGCCGCGCGACCCGAGGACGCCGACCUCUUCUUCGUGCCCGUCUACGUCUCCUGCAACUUCUCCACGCCCAACGGCUUCCCCUCGUUGUCAAACGCCCGGGAGCUGCUCUCCGAGGCCGUGGAACUCGUCCGGAGGGAGAUGCCGUACUGGAACCGGUCCGCCGGAGCCGACCACGUCUUCGUCGCCUCGCACGACUUCGGCGCCUGCUUCCAUCCCAUGGAGGAUGUAGCUAUUGCGGACGGCAUACCGGAGUUCCUGAAGAGGUCCAUCCUCCUACAGACGUUCGGUGUACAGGGCCAUCAUGUAUGCCAGGAUGUGGAGCAUGUGGUGAUCCCACCUCACGUGCCACCGGAGGUGGCGCAUGAGCUUCCAGAGCUGGAGAAGGCGCACAGGGACAUUUUUGCCUUCUUCCGAGGCAAGAUGGAGCUCCAUCCCAAAAACAUUAGUGGCCGCUUCUACAGCAAGAAAGUGAGGACUGAGCUUCAGCAACAUUAUGGUCGCAAUCGCAAGUUCUACCUUAAGAGAAAGCGGUACGGCAACUACCGAUCGGAGAUGGCUCGGUCAUUGUUCUGCCUCUGUCCGCUGGGAUGGGCCCCAUGGAGUCCUCGGCUUGUGGAGUCAGUCCUCCUCGGCUGCAUUCCAGUCAUAAUUGCCGAUAACAUACGCCUGCCGUUCCCUUCCAUCCUUCGGUGGCCGGACAUCUCGUUGCAGGUGGCUGAGAAGGAAAUUACCAGCCUUGAGAUGGUGCUCGACCAUGUCGUGGCAACGAAUUUGACAGUGAUACAGAAGAACUUGUGGGACCCGGUGAAGAGGAAGGCGCUGGUUUUCAACCGUCCAAUGGAAGUGGGAGACGCUACAUGGCAAGUGUUGAGGGAGCUUGAGGUUUUGCUAGACCGGUCUCAGAGGAGUUAUGUUGGGUAGUGGAGGAGGUGAUGAACAGAGAGGGUGCGUUUGUCUAAUCCGUUGCAGCUGUGCAACCAUGGUCUGCAGCCUACACAUGCCACCCGACUGACAACAUCAACAGUCGAGACGACUGAGCCUGAGCUCUACUUUUAACAUGGAUUUUUCUCGCCAGAAUUUCACAAUAUCAAUUUCAGACCUUCGGUUGGUCGAUCGGAUGCUUUGUUAGUGGUGCAGGUCAACCUACAUUUGCUGGUUGGUGCCUAACUGGAGAUCCUAAUCUGGGGUUGUGAGCUGACAAACUCUGUACAGGGAAUUAGUUUUAUUCAUUUAUUUAUUCUUGUAAAAAGUGUGAAGAGCCUGCUUUUCUUGCGACAGGAAGAACAUAGAUUAUAUUAUAGGAUGAUGAUAUGUAUGUUGAUACUUUCUGCUGAUAUGGUUGUACACUUGUACUUGUAGUCUUGUAGAGUUGUUGGACUGUUCCAACUGCUAGAGUAGCCUGAUGAUUUUGUAAUGGAAGUGCUCAGUUUUUGCA